AUGGUCUUUGAUGAGGAGGCCUCUCGCGGUCUUGUGCGGUGGGCGGAGGAGCGGGAAUUUUAUACGGGUAAGAGGGCUGUGAUACCGCCACCUCGUAAUCCGUCUCUACUGCAGAGCGGUAUCUGCGCGCACUACGGUGCUCAGUUGUCCACCAUACCCACUGCUCAGUGGCCAGGUCUUCUCGUGCGUCCUAUUGAUCUGCCGCCCGAGGAUCCGGGCAGCUACGCAGUCCUGGGGGCCAAUGUCAGCGGCCUUUGCGCCUCCAGUCCUGUUCCAGAUCACAUGGCCGAACAGCUGCCAGCGGAGUUGCAUCAGCGUGGUGUGGCAUCCUACCUCGAUUACGCCAGAUUCAAGUACGGUACGCGCCUCCGCUUGGUUGAGGAGACCCGUGGUCUGGAUUCCUCCACUCCCCUUGUCACUGCCACGCGCAUCUCACGACAUCGGAAUGCAGCCAAUGUGAGUUUGGGUUUUCUAUCCGCUAAUGUCAUACUGACACUGUUAUGUAAAGUUGAAGGAUGUUUGAUUUCAUUCUGCGGUCAAUGA